AUGCGCGAGCUAAUCAAUUCGGACGACAUCCCCCCAUUGCCCGCAGUGUUGCUCGGAACGGAUGAUCUGUUAAUACAAAUGAGCCUGGUCCUGGUAAUAAUGGGCAUGCUUCUGCACGGGACCUCAUUGAUGCUCGACUUCUUCGGACAUACAUCUCGCGUCUGUCAGCAGAUGCAGCUGUUUACGGUCACGUUCGGAAUUCUGCUUACCACACUGGGCAUCAUCACCUACCAGUUUGCGCAGGAGCUAGUGCUGGCAGUUCGCGUCCUUGCCAUCAUAAUGCUACUGUCCGAAGCUUACCUCGGGCUCGUGAUUUUCAUGACAAAGUUUAAGCGGCUUCAGCGUCAGGCGGCACUCUAUCGGCAGUCGGGCCGGUUCAUGCGCAAUGAGGAUGCUGCGGUCAGCUACGUCCGCACGUACGGUCUGGUCACAAUGCACACCAGCGAGUCGAUGACAGUUAAUCCGAGCGAUAGCUACAGAUACCGCGUCGUCCAACCGGGUGCGGCCACGGUGAAUGAAAUUAUGUCCGUUAACACACCGGUUCCAUCGCUGAGAUCGUCGGUGACGGAUCUGCCGAUGGUUGAGUAUGCAUCCGUCACAACGGUUGAUGCGUCGGUAGAGCGGGCCGAAAUGCCACAACCCAACUACCCAGCACCCAAAUACCCACCACCGUCCGUUAGCGAAGUAAUCGAUCAGGACUCGCCUAGUGCACGCUCCGAAACGGCGUCCACCAAGCGUCGAGCGGCUCGCAAAGCAUUCCGGCUGGAUCCGUCCGUUAUCCGGCAGCCAGGCGAAGAACCCAACGAACCAGUUGAUCGUACUAGCGAUCAGUCCGCUCACUCCGACAAACCCUUACUUACGCCCAACGGCAAUAAGACAGCCAUCCGCCCGACGACGCUUAAUCUCCCGAAAACAACCUUCCGUUUGCCGUGCGUUGAAAAGGACCUUAUCGUUCCAACAGUCAGUCGUGCGAUACAGACCGAUACGGAUGAAGAGGAUAGUCCUAAUACGCUGUUCGGUGAGCAUAGAACUUCCACAAUAGCUCGUCGACCUCCGUCCGGCCGUGAUCUAUCAAUCUACAGGAACUCUGAACCGAUUCCGAGUACCAGCCGUGAGGAACCCAACUACGGUAAGUAG